UUUCUGGGAGGGUUUUGCUUUUCUCGUUUUCCUAACGGAUGCUAAAGUAGCGAACAUCUUCCGAUUGCAACGAAUUUGCUUUCCUUUAUUGUCCUCUUAAUCAGCUUUCAAUUUCAGCCGUUAAUUACCUGAAUCCUUUUGCUUUGCACAUUGCUCCAGAAAAAGCUUGGUCCACUCCAACUCUCACUAUCCCCACACCAUUUACGCGUAGUUGACUUGACUAAGAGAUAACCAGAGUUUGAAUGCGAGUUAUCAACAAACCGUCAAACCCUUUUGCUUUGCACAUUGCUCCAGAAAAAGCUUGGUCCACUCCAACUCUCUGUAUCCCCACACCAUUUACGCGUAGUUGACUUGACUAAGAGCUACCAAGUACGCACCCCCUCCCCUGAGUUCAGAACGGUGAGACCUCAACAGCGUUUAUGGAUGGCGGCGUGGCUGGCUUCGUCGCAGCGGGUACCAGAGUGAUGUGUACGUGUGGCGGGAUUGAGUUUAUUUGCUCUACUUUGUGAACCUUCAGUUCAACUGUGCUUCAACAGACAAUUGACCAAACAAAAAAAAAGAAAAAGGCUUUAAUGGGUGUGACCUCCUUGUCAUCUUUCCCAAGUUCUUCUUCUACAUCUUAUUUUACUGCCCGAACAAGUUCUUUAUCUACUUCUCCUGCUGGCCAAUGGAAAUAUGAUAUCUUUCUCAAUUUCAGAGGUGAGGACACCCGCAAUAAUUUUGUGGAUCAUCUAUAUAAUGUUUUGAAAGAUAGAGGCAUUUACACUUUUAGAGAUGAUCAAAAACUUGAGAGAGGGAAAUUCAUUAAAGAAGAGCUAAUGGAAGCCAUAGAAGAAUCGAAGUUUGCUAUCGUUGUUCUUUCAGAAAACUAUGCAUCUUCAACUUGGUGCUUAGAUGAACUUGUAAAAAUCAUUGAUUGUAGGAAAUAUAUGGGAAUGACAGUUCUACCUGUUUUUCACUAUGUGAAUCCAUCUGAUGUACGGAAACAAAGAGGAGCUUUUGCAAAGCCAUUUGUUGAAUAUGAAAAAAAGGGGAACAAAGAGAGGGUAAAGAAAUGGAGAGAUGCUUUGAGACAAGUGGGCAACCUUCGCGGAUGGCAUUUAAAUAAUUAUCGGCCUGAGUCACAUGAUAUCCAAAGCAUUGCGGGAUGGAUAUCGCUUAACUUGAAAUAUGAUGCAUUUCCAAAUAUUACUAAGGAUCUAGUAGGAAUAGAUUCUCAAGUGGUGGAGUUGCUGUUAUGUUUAGCUAUGAUGUCAAAUAAUGUUCGUUUUAUAGGGAUUUGGGCGAUGGGGGGAAUGGGUAAGACAACUCUUGCAAGGGUUGUUUAUCAAAUGGUUUCUAAAGAAUUUGAAGCUUGUAGUUUUAUAGAGGAUGUUAGGGAAAAUUAUGAAAAAGAUGGUUUAGUUCCACUACAACAGAAAAUUAUUGAUCAAAUUUUGAUGGAAACGAAUUUGAAAAUAAAUGAUGAGUAUAAUGGGGUUCUCAAUAUCAAGAAUAGGUUAUGUCAUAAAAAGAUUUUACUUGUUCUUGAUGAUGUAGAUAAACCAUACUUGUUAAAUAUGUUAGCUCGAAAGCAUGAUUGGUUUGGUUCAGGCAGUAGAAUUAUCAUAACAACAAGAGAUGUGCAGGUGUUGAGGACACAUGGAGUAGAUGAAAUAUAUGAAGUUAAAGGAUUAAAUGAUGAAUAUGCUCUUCAACUUUUUUGCUCGAAAGCCUUUAAGAAAAAGUACGUCCCAGAUGAUUUUUUAAAUGUGUCUAACCGCUUUUUGAAUUAUGCUGCUGGCCUUCCUUUAGCUCUUAAGGUUUUAGGUUCCUUUUUGUUUGAUAAAAGUGUUAUUGAAUGGGAAAGUGCGUUAGAGAGGCUCAAAGAAUUUCCUGAGAGAGAAGUUCUCCAAGUACUUAAAUUAAGUUUUGAUGGACUCCAUGAAACUGAGAAGGAAAUUUUCCUACACAUUGCAUGCUUCUUCAAUCAUGAGAGGAAAGAUCACGUUGUAGAAAUACUAGAUAAUCUUGGCCUUUACCCUGAUAUUGGAUUGAAGGAACUCAUUAAUAAAUCUCUCUUGAAAAUUGUGGGUGAAAAUAUAUUGUGGAUGCAUGAUUUACUUGCAGGAAUGGGUAGGAACAUAGUUCAUCAAGAGUGCCCUAAUGAUCCUAGGAUGCGUAGUAAACUAUGGUGUUAUGAGGACAUUGACGAAGUCUUGAAAAAAAAUAAGGGAUCAAAAGCAGUUCAAGCCAUGGAUAUUUGGGGUAUGUGUCAUGAAGAAAAAGAGGCACGUUGGGACUUUAAGGUUGUUUCAAAGAUGUACAAUCUCAAAUUUCUUAGAGUUCGUGGUAUUUUGCUUGAACCCAAACAUCUUCCUACCAAUUUAAGAAUUCUUGAUUGGAUUCAAUAUCCUUCAAAAUCAUUGCCAUCAAGUAUCCAACUAGAUGAGCUUGUUCAACUUUAUUUACCACAAAGCAAAAUUGAACGACUUUGGAAACGAAUAAAGAAUUAUGACAAGUUGAAGAUCAUUGACUUGACCAGCUCUUCAGGCCUAAUUAUAACCCCAGACUUCACUGGAGUCCCAAAUCUUGAAAAAUUAGUUCUUCAAAAUUGUACAAAUUUACGUGAGCUUCACCCAUCCAUUGGAAUUCUUAAAAAGCUAAUUCUUCUUAAUUUGGGGGGUUGCAAAAAGCUAAGUCAUCUUCCAAGCAAGUUUGAAAUGGAGUCUCUUGUGACCCUUAACCUUUUUGGUUGCUCAAGACUUAAGAAAAUUCCAGAUUUUGUGGGAAACAUGGAAUGCUUACAAAAGCUUUUUCUGGAUUUCACUGCAAUUGUGGAACUACCUUCAUCAGUUGAAGGCUUGAUUGGCUUGACUUCAUUGACUUUAAGUUAUUGCAAAAAUCUUGUGUGUCUUCCUAGUAGCAUUUGUAGUUUGGAAUCGCUUAAAUAUCUUGAUCUUUCUGGGUGCUCAAAAUUUGACAACUUGCCAGAGAACCUAGGGAAUGCCAAAGGCCUAAAGAAGCUUUAUUUGAGGGGAACAGCUAUAAAAGAGAUGCCUUCAUCAAUUGAACAUUUGAUAAGCCUUACUUUAUUGACUCUUAAAGAUUGUAAAAAUCUUGUUUCUCUUCCAUGCACCAUUUGUAGUUUAAAGUCGCUUGAAUUCUUUGAUCUUUCUGGAUGCUCAAAAUUUGAAAAUUUGCCAGAGAACCUAGGAAAUCUCAAAGGUCUGAAAAAGCUUCAUUUGAGUGGAAUAGCUAUCAGGGUGCUACCUUCAUCAAUUGAACAUUUGACAAGCCUUAGUUUAUUGACCGUAAGGGAUUGCAAAAAUCUUGUGUGUUUUCCUAACACAAUUCGUAGUUUGAGGUUAGGUAAUUCUCUUGAUCUUGUUGGAUGCACAAAAUUUGAGAACCUAGGGAAUGUCGAAGGUCUGUAUAAGCUUGAUUUGAGUGGAACAGUUAUAAAAGAACUGCCUUCAUCAAUUGAAUAUUCGACUAACCUUAAUUUCUUGAUUCUAAAAGAUUGCAAAAACCUUGUGCGUCUUCCUAACACCAUUUGUAGUUUGAAGUUGCUUAAUUAUCUUGAUCUUUCUGGAUGCUCAAAAUUUGACAACUUGCCAGAGAACCUAGGGAAUGUAGAAGGGUUGGAGUUGCUUAAUUUGAGUGGAACAGCUAUAAAAGAGAUUCCUUCCUCCAUUGUUCAACUUAAAAAUCUCAAAGAACUACAUAUUCAUCGAUGGAAAGGGACAUUAUUUUCAUUUGAUUCCAUGCUAACAAGUCAUGUUCUCGAGGGUCUAUUAUUGCCUUCCUUAUCUGGUCUGCAUUCUUUAAGAUAUUUGGAUCUUUGUGACUGCGAUAUGUUGUCAAUCCCCAAUGAUAUUGGCUGCUUGUCUUCUUUAGCAGACUUAAAUCUAAGUGGAAAUAAUUUUGUUUCCCUUCCUGAAAGCAGCUCUCAACUCUCUAACCUUCGAAGACUCCAUUUGGAAGGCUGCAAGAGGCUUCAAUCAUUGGAAAAUGUUCCAUCAACUAUUGAGUGUUUAAUUGCAAACAAUUGUACCUCACUGGAGAGAUUUCCAAAACUACAGAAUGCUCCCUUCGGGUCGUAUCACUCCGAGUUGUGUUUCCAAUAUCUCAACUGCCUCAAAUUGGUUGACAAUUUUCAAAGUGGCUGUAACUUGCUUCAGGGACAAAGUGGUAGACUGCCAGACAAGUUAGAAAUUAUUAUUCCUGGAAGUGAAAUUCUAGAAUGGUUUAACCACGAAAUUAUGGGCCAUAAAGUGAACUUACAAGUGCCUUGUGGGUUUGAUGAGCUGAUGGGAAUUGCAUUGUGCGUUGUUUUUGAACGCAACGAGCCUCAUCAAUACCCUAGAGAUUGUCAACUUUCAUGUUUGUUGAACGUCAAUGGAUGUCAAAUUAAAAACCCAGAAGUGUUUAAAUUUACAGAAAAAUAUGGUAAAGUUGAAUCGCAUCACCUUUGGCUGCUCUACUUGUCCUCUUGCUAUUUGUCCUGUUACCGUGACUCUGGCUCCGAUUGGAAUAAAGCAUGUAGUCAAACUGAUGCGAACGGAUUCUAUCAACUUAAUAUUGAAAUAUCUUCCUGGAACUUGAAGGUGGAGAAAAUUGGGUUCUCUUUGUUAUCCAAUAAAACUAUGUCACAAUGCAUCAACAACAGCGGCAUACCAUUUGAGGAUCUGGGUGUUCUCCAUCAUGAUCUUGACAAUUCAGACUGCAAAAACAAGCAAAGUCUUGAUGAGGAUGACAGGGCUGGACCUAGUGGAGAAGGCUACUAUCAUGAGAAACUACAACCAAAGAAGAUUCAAAGACUCGGAGGAUUUAUGACUGAUUCUGAGGAUUCUAGUCAGAGGGAAUUUUUCAACUUCUUUGCCAUGCAAGGAGAGGAUCAAAGGUCCAAGAAACUUGAAUCCAUUCACGGAGGGAAGCAGGAUAGUUGCCAAGACAUUGAAGAUCCCAAUCAAACAAUAACACAGUUAAGCAUCAACAGCAGGACACUCUAUGAAGAUCUGGGUGAUCUCCGCCAUAAUCUUUGCAAUUCAGCCACAGAAGGUAGCAGAAAUAAGCGACGCCAUGAUGAGGAAGAUGGGGCUGGACCUAGUGGAGAAGCCUACUCUAACAACGAACCACAUUCAAAGACUUGGAGGAUGUAUGGCUGACUCUAAAGAAUUUAGUAUUAGGAAUGUUUCGACUUCUUUGCCUGUUUGAUAAUACAAAUUUUUUUCUUGACUUGUUGGGGAACUUUUAUAUAAUGGAAGGAGAGUGCUACUAUAAUGAGGAUCCAAAGCCAAAGUGGAUUCAAAACUCGAAGGAUUAAUGGCUGAUUUUGAAGAAUCUAGUGAAAAUGACCUGGAAGGCUAAUCGUUUGCUGUUCAUUACCUGUGGGAAUAACACAAAUUUUUUCUUGUUGGUGAACUUUUAUUUAAUUAAUGGAAGGAUGGGAUCAAACGUCUGAGAAGCUUGAAGCCUUUGCCAAAGUGGAUAGCUACAAGAGCGUCAACGUUGAAGUAUUAGCCGAGUGGCUAUGCUCCUCUCACACUCACUUUGGGCUCUUUCAAAAGUGGUCAAGGAACCAAAAUGGUCAAGCAUUUAAAUUAACUGUCAAUUUGCUCGUAUUAUUGAUUAAAUCUUUUUUUUUUGUGGGUGUCCUGCAAGUGUAAUGCUAUGUUAAACUUCUAAUGACAUACAGAUAUAAAUCCUUCAUAUCAACUUCUUCUUGUUAACACAAAGUUACCAUCCAAUGCCUCAUUUGGUUGGAGAUGUAUAAUGGAAACUAGAAAGGUUACACAGUUGAGCUACUGUUAGAAGAUAGCGAUGGAAGACAGGUGAACAUCUGGGAAGAUAGGCAGCUGCUGACACUGAGUACAUUCAGGGUGGUUUAACUGAGAAAUCCUCAAUCUGCAGCAAACCGUGUGUGAGUUGCUGGAUGAUAAUACAAAGACCUGCAGAAGGAUUGUUCUGGACAGGUUGUUCAUGCCACAAGAAGCUGCUGUCAUUCAAAGCAUUCUGUGAAAUUCUCAAAAUUUGUAUCUUUUGGUGGGCGCAAAAAUUGGAGAUUUUUCAGUUUGGAGUGCAUAUAAUUUGUCAGACCACGAGGCAGUCUCAGGUUUAGGAGAGGCUUCAAACAAUCACACAGCUCAACAAUUAUGUGGCAGGCACUGUGGAAGGCUCAGGUUCCUAACAAGAUUAAAGUUCUUCAUGGCAUACUCUUCGGUUUAUCCUGCCAACAAAACCUCAUCUAUUUUCCAAAUGCAUCAUCUCUUCAGUAACUUGUGAGCAGUGUAAUGAAGUUCCUGAAACCACUUUACAUGCUUUGUGAUCUUGCCCAGACACCAAGAAGGUAUGGCAAUUAGUUGAAUGCAUAAACUUUAUCCCACACCAGCCUUAUCAGAACUGGACUGAUCUAUUCUCCUGGAUGCUGCACCAUAAGAAUACAUUCUCACUGAAACUAUUUCCCACUCUCUCAUGGCAAUUAUGGCUGCACUGAAAUGGAGAGAUUUGGGGAACCAGCAAUACAGCCAACCACUUUGGUAUACAUAGGUAAAGAGAUGCAUGAACACUAGGCUGCAAAAUUUUCGUCUGAGAUACUGCAGAAAGUACAUCUCCUAAUAUGGAAGGUCCCUCAGUUACCUUACUCCAAGGUAAAUGUUGCAGUGAUUAGAGAUCUCAAUGUGAAUUUUGUUGCAGCUAAGGUUGAGGUGAUUGUGGGCCAAUGCCGUCUGGAGGCUCAUUUUGCAGGAUUCUGGCAUGCCCUACAAUUGUUUAACCAGUAGGGAAUUCAGGAGGUUCAACUUGAGAGCCACUUAAGUAUUGCCAAUUUGCCAUUGCUGCUUUUAACAUGGAUUCCUCCC